AUGGAUGUUUCAUCAGCCCUUGCUACAUGGCUUUCAUUGGCCGCAACCGUUGUGGGAUUAGGAUCUAUAGUUACACGAUUUGGCACCAUCAUUGACCAGGCGGACCCUUUUCAUUCAUUACGAAACGUCCAACAUUUAGGCAAAUGGAGCCAGCGGCAGGCGUAUAUACCGUGGUAUCGUGUGAUAAAGCCACCCCCGGUUGGACCUUUAAUCACUGCAAGCCUCAGUGAUGGAUUCUGUGGCCAAAUGACUAUAGCUGUCAGUCGCUUGCCGCUUACUCAACCCACAGGCCAGGCUGCAUGGUCAGUACUGCUUGCAGUUCUUCAUCCAACGAGUUCAAGCACCAUACGCGACGCGCGGGAGAAGCCAAAAAUACUUGCGGAGGGCUCUACUGUUAAAGCCGAGUGUAUUGUGACCGUUAACCCUAAAUCAGGUGUGAUCCUGGUAGAUGAUGGAUGGGGGAACCUUCCCCUUCAUCCCCUUGUGAAGCAUAAAUUGACUACAUGUACGAUCAUUUCCCGCACCACCCUGAUGGCAUUGUUUUGCAUCACGAAUGCUCGGCCGACCUUUCGACAUAGCGGAUCAUCUGGUCAUCGAGCUGCGUAUGCAACCUACUGUGGACAAUGGCGGGUCAAAUGGCCUAUCGGGGACUUGGCACGUGUAUACUUUACUGCACAUGACUCACACACUUUAGCAAAAGAUGUUUACCCAACAACUUUUGACAGAAGAGUUGACAGAUGCUUGCAAAUAUUCGCUGGAGUGAUUGAUGCGCAAAUGCGUACCACGUUCAAAUGUGCCUUCCCCGGGCGCAAGCCAUCCGGUCGGUGGGUCUUAAAAUAUGCCGUCAAAGGGUUUGGCGGUGCACAUAGUGGCAGGCACUUGUACAAUAUGAUAGGUGGCAAUGUCACUGAUGUCGACUUCCUGUUCAUGAAAGCUGUAACCGUGGAAACAGAAGGGUUGCAAGACAUGCCCCUCCUUCGCUUGCCUAACAGCCAUACUGCUGAUAUCGAUGUAUCUUUGUAUGUUCCUGCAACGGAAGCGGCUAUUCUCAAUCGAGCCUUGGAUUGUCUCCCGUGGUCGUCUCUUUCUUGGUCAAUCCAUCGAGGACUCCGUGACAUACUGGUUGCAUUUGCAAAGGACCGGAUGGACCAAUGGCGGGGGCAGCUAGCGGAGACACUUCGCCAUGUCGUGGAAAGAUGGCCGGAGAGGUUGGAUACGAAAGGUUGGAACCCUCAAUUUGUGAGGGACAACAUGACUGAUAUGGCUGCGAGUGCUGUUUUAGCCGGCAGUGGGAAUUCAGGUGACGUAGUCAGGGUUGUCACUGACAUAGCACUCACUCUAUGGGAUGGUGGAGUCUCAGCGCUUGAUGAAACAACCUUUUGGAGAUCGUCACACCCCCAGUCAAGCGCUUCCUACCUCAGUCCGCUAGUUGUUAUUGCUCUGGUCAAGUGCUUCGUUUUGGAGUGGAGCACCGAUUUAGAUUACCAGAUGUACCACGACCUUCCGUUAGAGAUGUACUUAGGCUGA